CCGCCGACAGCCGUCACCGAACACGAUGUAAAUGUGGCGUUUCAGCAGGCGGCUCAUAAAGUGUUACUGGACGACGACAACCUCCUUCCUCUGCUGCACCUCACCGUCGACUACCAGGGAAAAGACAGCAAAGAGACGACGGGCCCCAGAGACGGAGCCACUCCUCCACAAGACACUUCCCCUCGUGAGAUCCCUCCCACCGGCUGGGCGGCUCUCGGCCUCACCUACAAAGUUCAAUGGCCGCUGCACAUCCUCUUGACCCCUGCUGUCCUGGAGAAGUACAACGUUGUGUUCAGGUACCUGCUGAGCGUGCGGCUGCAGUCACAGCUGCAGCACUGCUGGGCUUUACAGAUGCAGAGGAAACACCUGAAGUCCAGCCAGACCGACGCAGUGAAGUGGAGGCUACGCAACCACAUGGCUUUCUUGAUCGACAACCUGCAGUAUUACUUACAGGUUGACGUUCUGGAGUCUCAGUUCUCUCAGCUGCUCCAGCUCAUCAACUCCACCAGAGACUUCGAGAGCAUCCGACUGGCUCACGAUCAUUUCCUCAGCAACCUGCUGGCUCAGUCCUUCAUCCUCCUGAAGCCGGUCUUCCACUGUCUGAACGAGAUCCUGGAGCUGUGUCUUAACUUCUGCUUGCUGGUCAGUCAAGGCGUGGCGACGCUGGACGACAGAGGAACCGCUCAGCUGGACCUCCUGGUUAAGGGCUUCAGGCGUCAGUCCUCCUUACUGUUUAAAAUCCUGUCGAGCGUCAGAAACCAUCAGAUCAACUCUGAUCUUGCUCAGCUGUUACUGCGACUGGACUACAACAAGUAUUACACCCAGGCAGGAGGAACGCUGGGCAGUGUUUGAGACGAACAGGAAGGAAUCAGGUGUGAAGAUGGAUCCGUCUACGUUGAACUCCCGACACUCCCGUCUGGUCUCAUCCUUCGCUUCUUUGGUGUUGUUAAAACACCGAUAAGUGCGGCAUGCCUGUCUUAAAUUAUCCUUUUAAAGGGUGAGUUCAGCCAAAUUACUAGAACAUAUUUUCUCAGUGAUGUCGAGUCAAACAGAUAGUUUUAGGUUUUAUAUCUAUUACCUGAGAUACAGUUUGUUUGUGUCGCUCGCAGCACUGAUAAAGUACAUUUUGCACAAGCAGAACCGGCUUUAACGGGACUAUUUCUUUGGUAGAAAUUGGUUCAAAUAACAACUAAGUCAGUAAAUGCUCCACUUUGUAAAUUAAGCUUAGAACAGGAGAGUUUCUGUGAGGAAAGCUGCUUUUUAAAAGUGGAUUUCCUGAAAGUCUCCAAUACUGAAAUAACUCUGAUAUAACUAGUAAUAUUUGUCUUUGUUUCUGCUAAGUGAGAGGAAAUGAUUUAAAGCUAAAAGUCACAUUUUAUACGUGUCAAAUUUGGUGAAACUGUCCUCUACCCGCUAUAAGAUAAAGAAGGGGUUUGAUCCUUUCCCCCCAAAUUUUAAAGCUUUACUCCUAAUCCGCAGCUAGAAGUAACAUUUCCUCUAAAUUUAUGACAUAAAAAGUAAUCUGAAAGCAGGAAUAUUAUUAGUUUUAGAGAUAAUUGUUUACAAUGAAGUCUGUAAAUAUCCACAUUAUAAAUUUAAAUUAAUGGAGUUUCUGCUUCUUAAAAGUGGAUUUCCAGAGAGUCCAGUGUAAUGAAAUAACUCUGAUUUUACUAGUAAUGUUCAUAAAACAUCCCUCAUUGUUUCUGCUAAGUGAGGAAAUGAUUUAAUGCUAAAAGUCACAUUUUAUACGUGUCAAAUUUGGUGAAACUUUCCUCUUUCUGCUAUAAGAUAAAAUAGUUUUAUGACAUAAAACGUCAUCUGAAAAUAUGAAUAUUUCCUUUGUAGAAAUUAGUUUUGUUAUUAGUUUGAGAGUUAACUGUUUACAAUCUCCAAUACUGAAAUAAUCCUGAUAUAACUCGUAAUCUUGCUUUAUGAAUCUUCCCUCUGGACAUCGUUUCUGCUAAGUGAGAGGAAAUGAUUUAAUGUUAAAAGCCACAUUUUAUACAUGUUAAAUUUGAUGAAACUUUCCUCUUUCUGCUGUAAAUUUUGACCCAUUUCCUCAAAAUUAGGAUUCUUAAUUCAUAAUCCCAAACCAAGAAGUGACUUUUCUUCUAAAUCUCUGACAUAUAAAAUAAUCUGAAUACUUCCUCGGUAGAAAUGAGUUAGUUUACAAUGAAGCCUGUAAAUGACUCACUUUCUAAAUGAAGCUCAGAACAGGAGAGUUUUCUAUGAAAGCUGCUUCAUAAAAACUGGGAAUAAUUCGGGAAUAACUGUUAAUCUUGCCUGGCUGGGAUAUUUCUACUUUAACAAACUACUAUCAAUGAAUUUUGAGGAUGAUGAAGGAACCUAUUUCACUUUGAGGUUGGAGGUAGAAAUAAAUCCUAAACUAAUCUGCAUGACUCGAUACAUUAAAGGUAUUAAUAUUUAGUAAUUUGGCUGACUGACACUUUAACUAAAGCUCUUUCUCCUUGUAUAUAAACUGUAAAUAUAUUAAAAUGUUGCUUGUAUCAUUCUGUGUGAGA